AAUUAUAUUUUUAUUUUUUUUUUUUGUAAAUUAAUACACAUAUGAUAAACAACAUGUCCGCAAUAGUACAAAAUUUAAAAGUUUUGAUGAUUAAAUAUCCGGUAGUAAGGGGUAUGGUCUCUUACAGUUGCAUCUGGCCCACCAGUAGUUUAAUACAACAAACUAUUGAAGGUAAAACCUGGGAUAACUACGAUUGGUGGCGUGUCUUACGUUUUAGUUUAUAUGGUGGAUUUUUUGUUGCUCCCACAUUAUAUGGUUGGAUUAAGGUAUCUUCAGCAAUGUGGCCGCAAACAACACUGGGCACUGCUCUUACAAAAGCGGCUGUGGAGACUAUUUCUUACACGCCAGCAGCGAUGACGUGCUUUUAUUUUAUUAUGAGUUUACUGGAAUUGAAAACAAUAGGUGAAGCUGCUGCAGAAGUGGGGAAAAAGUUUUGGCCUACAUUUAAGAUUGGCGGCAUUGUUUGGCCCAUUGUGGCUACAGUGAAUUUCUAUUUUAUACCAGAACGCAAUCGUGUACCUUUCAUAAGUGUAUGCAGUUUAAUUUGGACUUGCUUCUUAGCGUACAUGAAACAUUUGCAACAUCAUCAAAUUGAUGAGGAAGGCAAUUUUCCUUUAAUUAGUCAAUAAAUAAGAAAUGACGAAACUAACCGCUAGACAUUGCGGUUUUAAAUAAAUUAUAAAUUAUUGUGUUUUAAAUUUUUUUUUUUUUUUU